CAUGUAACAGGAAGUUUCAACCGAGUUUGUAGUUCAGACAAUAGACCCAAGCCUGUUGGAUAAUUGACACUUAAGAAAAACAAGUGUGGAUUUCACACAAAGUCUGCGUGUGUGUUUGUAUGCCUGGAUGUGUGUGACUUAGUUGUUUGUUGACCUCACGGAGACUGUGAAGACUAUACACCCUCAAACCUUAAGACAUUAUGUUAUCAAAUGUUUUAUUAACUUCUAAUUGAGAUAGCAGUGACAAUGUUUACAAUGAUGAAAUUAUGUUCAUUUCUCCUCACCUGGACUUUGUUUCUGAAUGCUCAAGGUUCUCUAACACUUCAUUAUUUCAACCUGACUGUCACACGGGGAACUAACUCCUAUAGUCAAGACUUGAGACAAAACGAAACUACACCAAUCUACGUGAACAGGUAUGCUGCGGUGAACUUGACCUGCUCAGUCAGUGGCCAAUCAUUCUACAGCGUUCUUCUGUUUCAGAAGAUAGAAUUACAGAAAAAGACAACAAAAACCAAUCACAUUGAAAAUGUCACCAUUCACUAUAUCAAACACUCGAUGGACUGUUCAGACGCAGGCAAAUACACAUGCAGGGCUGGUCACAUGGAAUGGUCAAGAACAAUCAUUGUCAGAUGUCCACCACCAGUUUUCACAUUUAAAAGUCCAUCUGUAAACAUUAAAAAAAAUUGGAAUUUGAAAUUAAGCUGUGAACUAAAUAUAUCUUCUGAAGUCUCAAUACAAACUAUGGACAAGAAAAAUUUGACUUUAUGCUACACCUCCCCCUGCGAGUAUACUUUUAACCACGUGACUUGUGAAACUAUGGGAACAUAUUACUGCGGUUCAAAACCAGGAGAUGUAAUAGUUUAUGAUUGUCCACCUCAACUUAUGAAAUCUGAUCAAACAGUGAGAGUUGAACUGGGAGACUCAGUCAAUGUGAGUGUUGAUGUCCUACUCGCACUGAACCAUCAACUAACUAUACUCUAUCAAAAACAGAAUGCCAUCAACAAAUGUGGGACCAAGUUGUGCAUUCAGACAUCCGAAACAAGGAACAAAUGGCGCCAACAAAUCAAGAUUGUGAUCAACAACAUCACAACGCAAGACAUGGGCAACCAGACCUUCACUAUGUGUUCCAAUUUUAAAGCAGAGAGUUUCUGUACUAACAUGACCAUUACAAUACUUCCUUUACACGAACCAGUGGAUUCAGCCACACCCAGAGAUGCCAAGUCAAUCAAUGGUAGACCUUAUUCGGAUAACCCUGACUUUCCAAUUCUCCCUGUAACUCUGGCCUGUUCGUUUGUUGUUACCACCGUGGUCAUAGCGACCGUUUUCUUUAAACUAAAAGGAAAACAUUUACUGAAAGCUCAACUCAAGGAAAGAUCUCAAAGUCUAAACAGACCCGCUGAAGGCUAUACUCCAGACACCGGAAGUACUUCCACUACGUAUAUGCCUCACCUGACAGACACCAUGAAUCAUCACUCGACACUAACUGAAAAUGGCCAAACAAUGACAACAGAAGGUCUGACCUUCAUGACAGUGGGCAACACACAGGUCAUCAAGAAAACAGAGCGAACCAUCAUUGAAGAGGUCCGCGAGACGGUCGAGAUAGUCAACUUGGACUACAAUGGCAUGAACACUGACCAGGAACAUCCUGUGAAUGAAGAGCCAGACUUACAAGAGCACACCUACAGCAACAUUAACUUCGUACCUUCUUAACUUGGUUAUGUCCCUUUAACAGUUGCUGCUCUAUUAAUUUGGUUAUGUCCCUUUAUCCAUUAGUGAAUCCUGAACGUGUUGAAGCCACGACAUACGAGCGUACCUCGUCGGUUCAGUCAUUCUUUUGAUUUGAUUGUUUGGAAUUAUUUUAAACAAUAAUUUUAAAAACUAUAGCUAUAUAAACUGUCAAAAUAUGUUGGUCACAGCUGGGGCUGCUCAGCCAAGGGAAAUACUGCAUUCCUCACUAAUCUUCGGACUCAAAGACAAGCCUUAUUAUUAUUAUAGGCUGUCGUACUGAAAUUUAAAUUUGUAAUUUAGGAACAUGUUCAAGUAGUGUCCACUUCACUCUUUAUGGGGGAACCAACACUCAAAUAGACGGAUGAUUUCAUUUCAUCUUUUUAUUGGAAUGUAUGUGUACGAGGUUCAGUGUUUGACCACUGACUGAUCCUCAUCAAACUAGUUGUAAGAAAAGUUCUUUCAAAUCUAGGGAAAUAUUUGGUUGAUGGAAAAUCUAUAUACAAAGUCUUUGGUUCAUUUAAUGAAGUGUAGGCUAAUGAAAUUUGAAUCGAUGUUAAAAUAGAAGCAAGUGUGUGUGUGGUUCAAUGGUAGGCAGACUUGGAUACUUCAUUCUUGAAAAAAAAAGUUAUCAGCCACUGAUUUAAAUUGGUUUAACUGUUGCAUAGAGACAUGGAUUCUUCAAAUAACUGAAAUGGUUAAAAUAUGAAGCGAAGAGUUCCAUGGGGCGUGAUAGCUUAGUGGUCAAGCACUUAGGUUCCGAAACAGACAGUUCCAGGCCAAAUCUCCUCUGAACUAUUCGUUUUUUAGGAUGCCCCUGAGUUUAACCAACUUUAAUGUGUAACUGACAUUAAUUGCGAAAUGUAAAGGCGGUUGGUCGUUGUGCUGGCCACAUGACACCCACAUAGAAACAGAAUAGCUAGCCCUAUGUAUCGCAAGUCUGAAAGGGAAAGUUAAAUAGCUUCUAAAAUUAUUACCUAGUGUAUAGAGAAAUAGAACUCUAAUAGAAAUUAAUGUUGUCAGGCUAUUAUAAUGGGAUGCAUGCAUGAAAUGUUAUGAAACAAGUUGUCACUAACAUCAAUUCGCCCAUUGAAUAUAAUGAUUCAACUAUUCAUAUCACUCAUUAAUAUUUUAUAUACGAAAAAAUAGUCUAUUUAAUACAUUCCAUAUAGAAUUAAAUUGAAAUUAAUUAGUUAAAUUAGACUUUUAAACUAGUUCAUUACAUUUGUUAACACGUAUUCAAACUAUUUGGAUGUAGCCCUAAUUUAAAAUAGAUAACUGCUUUAACUCUAAUAUAAGAGACAGUCAACGAAAGUGACCACGUUCUGUUAUGUACUGAAUCUUGGAAGUUUUGUUAUGGAAAAUGUUCAGUGUAAAUAUUGUUUACAAUACAUGUAAAUGUGUAAAGAAAAUUUUUUCAAGUUUUUAAAAGUUAAAUGUUGAAAUGUAGAUUUACUGCAUUUUUAGGUGUAAAUGAUUUUCAGAUGACUGCUUAAAUAUUUUACAGCUAUAGAUCUUCAUUGAAUGCUUAGAUAUUUUACAGCUGUAGAUUGACAUUGGCUGCUUAGAUAUUUUACAGCUGUACAUUGUCAAUGACUGCUUAGAUAUUUUACAGCUGUAGAUUGUCAUUGACUGCUUAGAAAUUUUACAGCUGUAGAUUGUCAUUGACUGCUUAGAAAUUUUACAGCUAUAGAUUGACAUUGACUGCUUAGAAAUUUUACAGUUGUAGAUUGUCAUUGACUGCAUAGAUAUUUUACAUUUGUAGAUUGUCAUUGACUGCUAAGAUAUUUUACAUUUGUAGAUUGACAUUGACUGCUAAGAUAUUUUACAUUUGUAGAUUGACAUUGACUGCAUAGAUAUUUUACAUUUGUAGAUUGACAUUGACUACUUAGAUAUUUUACAUUUGUAGAUUGACAUUGACUGCUAAGAUAUUUUACAGCUGUACAUUGUCAAUGACUGCAUAGAUAUUUUACAGCUGUACAUUGUCAAUGACUGCAUAGAUAUUUUACAGCUGUACAUUGUCAAUGACUGCUUAGAUAUUUUACAGCUGUACAUUGUCAAUGACUGCAUAGAUAUUUUACAGCUGUACAUUGUCAAUGACUGCUUAGAUAUUUUACAGCUGUACAUUGUCAAUGACUGCUUAGAUAUUUUACAGCUGUACAUUGUCAAUGACUGCUUAGAUAUUUUACAGCUGUACAUUGUCAAUGACUGCUAAGAUAUUUUACAGCUGUACAUUGUCAAUGACUGCAUAGAUAUUUUACAGCUGUACAUUGUCAAUGACUGCUUAGAUAUUUUACAGCUGUACAUUGUCAAUGACUGCUUAGAUAUUUUACAGCUGUACAUUGUCAAUGACUGCUUAGAUAUUUUACAGCUGUACAUUGUCAAUGACUGCUUAGAUAUUUUACAGCUGUAGAUUGACAUUGACUGCAUAGUUAUUUUACAUUUGUAGAUUGACAUUGACUGCUAAGAUAUUUUACAUUUGUAGAUUGUCAAUGACUGCAUAGAUAUUUUACAGCUGUACAUUGUCAAUGACUGCUUAGAUAUUUUACAGCUGUAGAUUGUCAUUGACUGCUUAGAAAGUUUACAGCUGUAGAUUGUCAUUGCCCGCUUAGAUAUUUUACAGCUAUAGAUCUUCAUUGAAUGCUUAGAUAUUUUACAGCUGUAGAUUGUCAUUAAAUGCUUAGAUAUUUUACAGCUGUAGAUUGUCAAUGACUGCUAAGAGCAGAGUUUCUUAAAUUUUGAGACGCGAGGUGCUAUAAAGAGGACACGAAUUAGGGUCUUCUGAUUUUUAUCAAAGCCAAAAAAAGCAAACUUUUGUUUCCAUUGUAGUCAUGAAUCAAAAUUAAAUUCAAUACAUUAUUACCAACAUUUAUCAAUUAAAGUGUAGUCUGUUCAUCCUCAAAGAAGGAUCUUUUAAACUAUCUUGUGAGAGGCGUCUACAUAAAUAUAGAUUUUAAAAAGUUCUUUUAAAGAUAUUUUGCAAUACAAUAAACUAUAUACGUUUUAACUGCUUUUUAAAUAAUGUUUGUAAUAUUGUCAUGGGCUUAAAAAUGAGAAUUUAAAAAGUUUGCACAAUUGAACAAAAAAAAAUGCUGAUAGAGUUGAUUCGUGUCAAGGUCAUUUCUGGAGGGGGGUGGGGGGAUUAAAGUUGUUGUUUGUUUUAUAAAUAUUUUAAUAAUAACAAUAAAUUUUAAGGCAUUAAUUUCAUUAUCAAUCAAA